UUUAGCAUUUUCUGUUCCGAUCUUCCACGGACCUUUGAUCGUGCAACGACGCACCACUGAUAAAGAAAUAAUUACGCCCCCGCCCCAUUAGCAAUAAGCUGUUGAGCAAGUGAGCAACGAUAUCCGUUUCGCGCGCACUGUGGCUCGGUCGCAAGUCGCAACUCGCCACCAACGCUCCACAAGUACACUCGUCACAAAGUUAAGGUAACGCGCGCGUUAUCUGCCACCGUACCUGUGUGUCUUUUGUGCGCGCGCGCACCAGACGUUUCACAUCGAUCGGACGGUCUCGUCGUCGCGUUCUCAUUCGGCAUUCCCAGUUCGCCGUCCAUCCGACCGGUUCCAUUAUCGCAACAUUGCGCCGUCCCGUCUGAGCAGCUGUUGCAGUAAAGCCGACGAAACGGUUUCCACGAUAAGAACACGACGUGUCUGGAGACUUGUCAAAGACACCGAUCUUUGGCCAAGUCGACGGAAGCGAACGACAUUCGCUAAUAAUUUCAUCGUCAGUCCCGCGUCCCAGAAGGGCGACACCAUUUAUAUGAAGUUUCUCGACACGGUAUCGCCAUCAUUAUCCAGAGCAAGAUCUGGCAGUUGUAAAAAGCUCAUAGAGCCAUUUAUUGGCCCUGCUACAAGGUGCAUGAGUUCUUUAAAAUACCAGGGUUUUAGUUUUCGAAAUUUGUUGGAACAGGACAUCAAAAUACUGCUGCAACCGACACAGGAAAUCGCAACCAUUCAGGGAAACGUGACGGGUUACACUUAAUAUAGGAACAAUACAGCUGCAACCAUGGGUAGCUUAAACGUGAAUCGGAAUGUCAGUGAUGCAUUCUAUCGAUAUAAAAUGCCUAGACUUAUGGCUAAAGUUGAAGGCAAGGGUAAUGGCAUCAAAACUGUGAUUGUCAAUAUGGCUGAAGUGGCUAAAGCUAUUGGAAGACCAGCUACAUAUCCAACUAAGUUCUUUGGCUGUGAAUUAGGUGCGCAAACUCAAUUUGACUUUAAGCAUGAUAGAUUUAUUGUAAAUGGAGCUCAUGAUGCUGGCAAACUUCAAGAUCUUUUGGAUGGUUUUAUUCGGAAGUAUGUGUUAUGUCCGGAGUGUGAUAAUCCAGAAACUGAAUUAAUGAUCAGUACUAGAAAGGGAACAAUACAUCAGGGUUGCAAAGCUUGUGGUUAUUAUGGUUCUUUAGAAUCCAAUCAUAAAUUAAAUGCUUACAUAUUGAAGAAUCCACCGAAUUUAAAUCCAGCGGCUCAAGGAUCAUCAUUAACUGAAGGCAAACGUAACAAACGUUCUAAGAAACAAGGCGGUGAAAACGGUGAAGGAGGCAGGUCUAGUUCUCCAGAAGACAACAAUACAGAAUUGAUAGUCCAAGCUCCAGAAAAAUUGGCUGAAGAUGACAGUAAUGAUAAAUGGGCUGUUGAUGUGUCUGAAGCAGCAGUUAGAGCUCGUAUGCAAGAUUUAACUGAUGGAGCUAAAGGAUUAACCAUUGAUGAAGACACAGAUAAGACUGAAAAAGAAAGAAUGGAUAUAUUUUACAACAAGGUUCAAAAAGCACGAGACUCUGGUUUAAUUUCAGAUUCAAUUACAAUCAAAGAAAUUGUGGCUGAAGCUGAGCGUUUAGAAGUAAAGAGCAAAGCUACAUUAGUAUUGGCUGAACUAUUAUUUGAUGAUAAAAUCCAUUUGCAGUUGAAAAAACAUCGUGUCUUAUUCUUACGUUUUUGUCAUGAGGAUCAAAAGGCUCAAAGAUAUCUAUUAGGUGGGAUAGAACAAGUGAUUGGACUCCAUAAAAGUAGUUUGUUACCAAAAGUUGCUGCUAUAUUGAAGUUAUUUUAUGAUGCCGAUAUUUUGGAAGAGUCUGUAUUAUUAGACUGGGCUAGUAAGAUCAGCAAAAAAUAUGUCUCUAAAGAACUGAGUCAGGAAAUACAUAACAAUGCUAAUCAGUUUAUUACAUGGUUACGUGAAGCUGAAGAAGAAGAAGAAAGUGGAGAGGACAGUGAUGAUGAUGUAGAGAUUGAAUAUAAUGACCGUGUGCAUACUAGCACAUUAAAAGCAAAAUCUGUACCACCAGUUGUUACCAAAUCCAAUGUUGAUGAUAAUGAAGAUGACGUUGAUAUUGAUGCCAUCUAACUGUCUUGGUGGACAGAACAUUUAAAAUUUAAUUAUUCAAAUAAAAUUAGUUUACAAUAUUAUAUAAUCAAAUAUACAUUUCAAAAUCAUCUAACAAAUUUUCAACAUUCAUUUAUCUGAUUCUAAUUUACAAUAUAUAAAAAUAUUAAGUAAAAUUUAAAAACCUUUGUACCCUUUAUUUAUUUUUUUUAUUAUUACAAUUCAUUUAUAAUUGGUAGACGGCUGCAAAUAUGUUUUACUAAGUGGCUAUUCAAUAUUAUACAAGUGUAUGAUGCCGUAAGUUAAAAGUGUAUUCAAUUAUGGUAGCCAUUCUAAUAAAGAUAUCCAGUAAUUAAAAUAUUAA